AUGAGAAACAUCACAACUUGUUACAAUGAACAUGCCAUUAAGGUAUCAGAUUCCUAUUGUUCAGGCCCUUCUUCAACCAACUCUUUUCUCUCUCCAAACUCAAAACCUUCAAUCCAAGACGCAGUUACAUGUAUUUACAGAGCCAAACUAUCCACAAAAAAACAACUCUUGAUCAAACUCACAUGGUCCAAUCACACAAUCCCAGGCUUCGCCAUCACUAUCUCUGAUGAUCAUCCAAAACCCAAUUCAAAUUCUCGCCAAUUUCGAAUCACCAAAGGCUCGAAAAGAUUCGAAUCUUGCAAUUCAAAGAUUGAGCUUCAUUGGGAUCUCUCUGCUGCAAAGUAUCAUUCUGGGCCCGAACCGAUCAGCGGGUUCUAUGUUAUGGUUUUCGUAGACUCAGAACUGAGUCUACAGAUCGGAGACAUUGAUGGUGAAGAAUUCAGUGUGAAAAAGAUUGCUAAAUCCUCAUUUCUAUCGCGGGUUGAGCAUUUCUCAGGAGUCAGUGCUCUGUAUUUAACAAAGGCACGGUUCUGCGAAAAGGGAAGGUUUCAUGAGAUUUUGAUAAGGUGCGUUGUUGGAGGAGAAGAGAAGGGAUUGAAGGGUUGUGUGUUGUGUGUUUGUGUGGAUAGAAAGAAUGUGAUUGAAGUGAAGAGAUUGAAGUGGAAUUUUAGGGGGAAUCAGACGAUUUUUGUGGAUGGGAUUGUGGUGGAUAUGAUGUGGGAUGUUCAUGAUUGGUUCUUUAAUUUGAAAUCUGGGUAUGGUGUCUUCAUGUUUAGGACAAGAAGUGGAUUGGAUAGUAGGUUGUGGUUGGAGGAGGAGAAGGAGAAGGAGAAGGAGAAGGAGAAGAAGAGUUUGGAGCAGAAGAAAGAUGAAGACACAGUUGGCUUCUCUCUCUUGAUCUGUGCCUGUAAGAAUCCUGAUUGA